GGAGAAAUGGCCGCCAUGACGGAGGGGGCAGGCGACCGGGCGCUAGUGCGCAGGGGCGGCCCGCGGCGCAGGCGCAGGCGCCUCGGCAUGCGCUCUGUGGCUCCCAGCGUGCUUUACGGCGCUGGGCUCGUCUCCGAUCCUCGGUAUGGUGACCGCGGGUGCUAGGGCGACCCGGCUGCUCGUGCUGUUGCUGAUAGCAGCCGCGGCCCCUAGUAGGGCCCGGGGCAGCGGCUGCCGGGUCGGGGCUGCCGCGCGCGGGGCUGGGGCUGAUGGCCGUGAAGGUGAAGGCUGUGGUACUGUGGGAUUGCUGCUGGAGCAUUCAUUUGAGAUUGGUGACGGAGCCAACUUCCAGAAGCGUGGCUCGCUGCUCUGGAACCAGCAGGAUGGCACCUUGUCCGCGACACAACGGCAGCUCAGUGAGGAGGAGCGGACCCGGCUCCGGGAUGUGGCUGCCGUCAAUGGCCUCUACAGGGUCCGGGUCCCAAGACGGCCUGGGGUACUUGAUGGUUCAGAAGCUGGAGGCUACGUGUCUUCCUUUGUCCCAGCGUGCUCCCUGGUGGAGUCGCACCUCUCGGACCAGCUGACCUUGCAUGUGGAUGUGGCUGGCAACGUGGUGGGGCUGUCGGUGGUAGCGUACCCCGGGGGCUGCCGGGGCUCUGAGGUAGAAGACGAGGACCUGGAGCUGUUCAACACAUCUGUGCAGCUGCGGCCUCCAGGCACUGCCCCAGGCCCUGAGACUGCAGCCUUCAUUGAGCGCCUGGAGAUGGAGCAGGCCCAGAAGGCGAAGAAUCCUCAGGAGCAGAAGUCAUUCUUUGCCAAAUACUGGCACCUCAUCCUGGGGGGGGCCGUGUUGCUCACAGCCCUGCGUCCUGCCGCCCCAGGGCCUGCGCCAGCGCCAACGGAGGCCUAAUGGAUGUACAUCAUUCCAGUUGUGCUGUUCCUCAUGAUGUCGGGAGCACCAGACGCCGGGGGCCAGGGCAGCGGUGGGGGUGGGGGCAGCGGCCGGUGAGCAGCUGUACCACCGAGAGUCCCCCAGACCUUCCUGUCCUUGGCAAGCCCAAGAAGAAGUUCCUGUCCCUCCGCCCCCUGUUGCAUGACCAUGGAAGGCUGCCCUUGCCAGGAGCCGUUGGCCUUCUUGAGGUCCUUCCUUCCUCCCUCCCUCCCUCUGUGCUGACUGAGCCAGGUGCACCUCCUGUAGCCCUGCGGCCCACGGCUUCCCUGGGUGCUGCGUGCCUGGGUCCUGCCGUGCGGCACCGUGUCCCUUUGCCGAACACCCGUCAUCACCACCCACACCACUCCACCACGUAGUCUGGGAACACGCCAAGUUCUCUCCAGCCUCUGUGCCUUUGGCCCCACGCCCCAUGCCCCCUCACUGUCACACUUAGGCUCCUUGCCAAGGGUGUGUGGCUGGGAGGCCUCUGCCGCUGGUGGCCGGGUCUGCCUGCACAGUGUGUUGAAGCCUCCAGCCCACUUUCCAUUUGGCAUACUGCACUCUUCGCCCCCUUCCUGGUGCCCCAGAAAACUGUGGUGACUUCCUUCCUGUCUCUGGAUGUCCCACUCGGGGUACAGCACCAGGAGAGAAUUGUGGGUCUCGUCACUAGUCUGUCUCUUGUAACGUACA